AGAACAAUCAGUGUUCAGCCACUGGUCAUUGUAAUAUCGCCCUGCACGCAGCAAGUCACAGUAUUAUAAUUAUCCUCCUCGACAACGCACCGUGUAUACGAAGGUAACGCGUAGAUAUUCGAAUGUCACUGAACCGUUCAUAGCAUUUUCAUAAUAAUUACCCACCGAAUCGUACGUGUAUAUAGGUGAGGUGACGUGUUGUGGUUCAAUCUGCUGUCUGUCUGGCAUUCACGCAUCGUUUCCAGAUCGUACAUCGGUUUAACAAUUAAGCCGAUUUUAUAUCUGAUAAAAAGAGAUGUCACAAAACGGAGCCUUCGUGCAGUCCCUGAGACCCGCCCCCAAGCGUCUGUACGAGUCUUCGGUAUCCUUGGCCAUCUGCCUAAAGAACCACCAGGAAGCAACAUGUGCCACCAAGACAGAGACCAACAGCAACAGUUGCGAAGAGGCUGUGGAGACCAAGCCCACCCUUGCAGCCGUUACUCGGCACUACAGGCUUGGAAGGCUGCUCAGAGCCAUUGCCCCACUGAUCGUUCUUCAGGAGCGGCUGUAUCGGCGUCUUGAAAAGAGACCAGAUACUGACGCCGCGGUGAAGAAGACCUUCCCAGAGUUGUUUCAGAUUAUGGAAAAUGAAUCGAGGGCCAUCCUGAAAAUCUCCAGCGACUUCUCAGUGGCCAAGGAGGACCGAUACACCAUGGAAGCCAACCUCAACCACCUCAGGGAUUCCGUGGAGCGGAUAGCGGACGCCUUCCAGACGGUGCGAGACGCGCAGUACCAAAGCCCAGGCCGACUCGACAACAAGAUGGCAGACAUCGUGGACCAGUUACGCGUGGACUGGUGCGCCGUCCAGUCCGUGCGGGAGAGCCUACCGGAGCGGUACCCGCUAGACUUCGGUCGACUGAGCGAGAAAUCCACGCCAUGAAAUAUGACAUAAAACUUUCUUUGAUAUUGGACGCAUUUUCUAUGUGAGUUUUUUUUUCGUCUUUGUAUACACGAAUUAGUAGAGAAGAUAGGUGAUGGGAUUGUACCUUUGAUGAUGCAAGCAUGGCGUACUUGGCACACAAUCAUAGUAUUAGUAUGAGAUAGAUAUUUGGCUAUAGGGCCAUCACAGAUUUGUCCUUUGAAAAAUUAUAGGUAGAAUAACAAGCAAUGGC